AUGAAAUUUGGGAAUGAAGCACUACAUCCACACGGCCGCGCCGAACAUGCCCCGGCUAUACCUGACGAGCCUGACCACGACCCAGCUCCGAGAUCUUUGCUGGAGGCUUUCCACAAUGAAGGCAUGUCACCAGAAGUACUUAGAUCGGAUUCGGAGACACCAAGCGAAGAAGACUACGAUAAAAACAUUCGGCCAUUCUCUACGGGUGACGGUCUUCGCCAGCGUAUAAAACGCUCGACCGUGGAAGAGCAGCCGCAUAUGAUACUAGGGAGUGACUCUGGAGUCCACAUCAUCCCUGAAGAUGACAAGAAGCAACAAUAUUCAUCCGAAAAGUCCCCCAAAGGAGCAGGCGAAUGUAAUUCGUCAGCCUCACAGAAGGAUAACAAAUUUCGCAAUUUCAUCUUCACUCGGCAAUUUUCGGCUUUUGAUCGGAACAACAUCAUGGCAGCCAACAGUCCAUUCCACGGAUUCUAUACUCUUUUCUGGAUGGGCGUGGCCAUAUUUGUGCUCAAGAUCUCAGCAGAAAAUUGGAGGGCAUAUGGUGAUCUAUUCGGGGCAAAAGACAUCAUAAGAACUAUGUUCAGCAGGGAUGUUAUCGUACUAUUGCUUUCCGAUGGAAUCAUGUGUGGCCUCACAGGUGUCACAUGGCUGAUACAGAAGCUCACUGCCCGGAGCUUCGUUAGCUGGAACCGUCUUGGUUGGAUUUUACAACAUAAUGCACAGGCUUGGCAAACAUCAUUCAUUGCCUGCGUCGUUGGCUGGACGAUGGUGCGGGAAUGGCCAUGGACUCAUACCGUGUACUUUGUACUUCAUGGAAUUGUCAUGUUGAUGAAGCAGCAUUCGUACGCUUUUUACAAUGGGUACUUGUCUACCGUUUAUGAAAGGCGGCUCAUUCUCUCAACUAAGCUUGAAGAGUUAGAGUCUCUUGUCGAACAGGUUGAUUCAGAAACUUUUGAUUACUCGACACCACGAAUACAGAACACAGCGAUAGCCGAACCGGCUCCUGACGACAAAAACUUCAGAAUGGAUGAUAUCGACAGAAUAUUCAAGAUCAUUGCCUCUGGCGAUUCCGUACACGUCGAAGAAGCCCAUGCAUUCGAGCGUGUUCUAAGACGGGAAAUCGGCGCCUUGUCAGAGGAACUCAAGGGGACCGCUUCUGACUCCUCCAAAGCAUACCCCGCGAACUUGGGCUUUGUCGACCACUACAAAUGGAUCCCACUGCCAGUUGUUGUUUAUGAACUCGAGUAUCCACGAUCAACUUCCAUUAGCUGGUACUAUGUGGCCGAGAAACUAGUGGCCAUGGUAGGGGUUCUCUUCGUCAUGGUUCAGAUAUCCCAGUACUCGAUCUACGUUAACGCAAAUGACAGAUCCCAUAGUGAUAGAGAUGAUCAAGCUGAAAGAGCGCGACAGCAGUUUACAUUCAAGGUUAAAGGAAUUUCCAUGGAUUCUGAGCAACCUGAUUUUCCCAUUUAUGAUGGAAUACCUACGAAGCUCGUCUGGUACUUGAUAUGGGAAAUCAUCCUCAAUAUCCUCGCCGAAAUCACUUUUUUUGCAGAUCGAAGAUUUUACGAUGCUUGGUGGAAUAGCGGUAAGUGA